GUCUCUCCCUAUCUUUCAGCUAGGGCUUGACUGAGCUCGUCAUCGGUCGUAGUUUUCCAAAGCGAAGAGAAAGCAUGGCAGCUACGGUAAAUAACCGUGUCAUCGUUUACGGAGGGCGAGGAGCGCUCGGCUCAGCUUGCCUUCAUUAUUUUAAGACCAAAGGAUGGUGGGUCGCAAACGUUGACAUAGCAGUGAAUGAGGAAGCGGACGCAAACGUCCUUGUAAAGCUCUCCGAGUCUUUCACUGAACAAGCAGAUCAGGUGACGUCGGAUGUGGCUCAGUUGCUGGGGGAACAGAAGGUUGAUGCCAUUGUAUGUGUAGCAGGGGGAUGGGCCGGUGGAAAUUGCAGCUCAAAAGACCUGUAUAAGAACAGUGAUUUGAUGUGGAAACAGAGUGUAUGGACCUCCACCAUUUCCAGUCACCUGGCAUCUCUGUACCUGAAGACAGGAGGUCUGCUCACACUAGCUGGGGCAAAGGCGUCGAAGUCCGCAACACCAGGCAUGGUGGGCUACGGAAUGGCUAAGGCAGCAGUGCAUCAGCUGUGUCUAAGCCUGGCUGAAGAGGGCAGUGGACUUCCUGCUGGUGCCACAGUGGUGGCCAUCCUCCCAGUUACCUUGGAUACGCCAAUGAACAGGAAAUUCAUGCCCAAUGCAGAUUUCAGCAGCUGGACACCGCUGGAAUACAUUGCUGAAACCUUCCACAGCUGGGCCACUGGGUCAGGGCGGCCAGCUUCAGGCAGUCUGAUCCAGCUGGUGACUACAGGAGGAAAGACAGAGGCCAGCCCAGUUCAGUAAGGCCACAGGGAAGAGGAGAGGAAGAGAAAAGAGAAAAACAUUCACCCUUACACUUUGCUGCUGAAAGAUAAAACACAAAUUUUUGUAGUGAGAGAGGAAAGAGGACUUUCAUCCAUUCAGCCUUAUAGUAUUUGAACACAUAAUCCCCUGCAAAACCUAUUUGUCUAUAUGUCUUGCACUCAACACAGUUCUUGUCUGUUACUGGGUGAUUAUCUUAAAGUCGCAUUGUCAUUUACUGUCAUUUUUAAAGUGCUUAUAUUAAGAGUAUUGUAUACAAACAUUUAGUCUUGAAGACUACGCAACAAAACUGACUUACCCCACCAUGAGCAAAUAUGAAGAGCCUGUUGUUUGGUGAUAAUGAUUAAAAUUGAGAAACAAAACAGUUGCAAACAUCUAGCUACCGGCAGUUUGUUCUUGCAUUUGCAGCUACAUCUAAAAAUAGAGUCACAAUAUCUCCUCAGCCUUCCAUUAGCUUAACAACAAAUCAAGUGUACACACUGGAGUGUACUUUUAGUGGCUGCUUACAAAUGAUGACAGGUACAAAAUGUACAGUUCAGCUUUACAAAACAGUGGUGUGUGUGUGUGUGUGUGUGUUUAUGUGUGUGUUUGUGUGUUCUGUUGUUAACCAUGGUCAGUGGGCAUUGUUAACCAAAUGUUCUGUGUUAACCAUCCAAAUCUUGCCUAUAGCAUCUGUGUGUUCUGGCUAUGUGUUCUAGUGCAUAUGUAUGGACCACGCUUAAAAUGUAACACCUCUAUUAUAAUCCACUGUUUGAGCCUCAAUUUGUAUAAACUUCAGAAGUCUUGUUAUUGUUAUUCAGAUAUUUCAUGUGAGUCUGGGUUGGGGGACUAAAACGGAAGCAGUAGCAAAA